AGUAAAACAAGAAGAAGAGCCGAUGACCGAAAGAAAGUGUGUUUAAAGUGCUGAAUAGAUGGACAUAAAGAUGGAGUUUAUUAAAGAGGAGACUGAAGAUGUGAAUUACGCAGAAACACAUGCAGUAAAAGAGGAAGAAAACGAGGAACAAAUAGACCUGAUGCCAAUCAAGGAGGAAAUUCCAGACCUGACGGACGUAAAGGAGGAACAUCAGGAUCAAAAAUCCUUCGAUUUUCCAACAACAGAAGUAAAAACAGAACAAAAACUCAAUCCCGAACAGUCAACAGACAGACCGUACGCAUGUAAUCAAUGCGGAAAGAGGUUCACUCUAAAAAAGUGCCUUAAAUCUCAUUUAAACACUCACACUGGAAAUAAACCGUACGCUUGCGAUCAGUGCGAGAAGUGCUUUACAGCUCAAUCCAGUUUAGAGAGACACAUGCUAAUCCACAGUGGAGAAAAGCCCUUUAAAUGUGAUCAAUGCGACCGGAGAUUCACAUACAAAAAUGAUCUUAAAAUCCACAAGUACUAUCACAGCGGAGAAAAGCCCUUUAAAUGCACUCACUGCGGGAAGAGUUUCACUUUAAAGAAAACCCUCAAGUCCCACAUUAAGACACACUCCCAAAAUAAACCAUAUAACUGUGAUCGAUGCGGAAAGAGCUUCAUAUAUCAGUCUAGCAUCGAUAGACACAUUCGGAUACACACCGGAGAGAAGCCGUUUCAGUGCGAACAAUGCGGAAAGAGCUUCAUCGAUAAAGUAAACCUUAGAAAUCACAUGCAGAUUCACUCUGGAUUAAACUCUGUGAGCUGUCCUCAAUGUGGGAAGAGCUUGAGGAGUAAAGCACACCUGAAAAUUCACAUGCGCAUCCACACCGGAGAGAGACCGUAUGUCUGUGUGCAGUGCGGGAAGAGUUUUUCCAGAAGCGGAGCGUUGAAAAUACACAUGCGCAUUCACACCGGAGUCAAACCGUAUUCAUGUCAGAUCUGCGCAAGACGCUUCACAUAUCAGGGAGACUUCAGGAAUCACUUAAAGAUUCACUCGGGAGAGAAGAAGUUCAAGUGUUUGCAUUGCGACAUGAGGUUUAUCAGAAAGAGCUGUUUGAAUAGGCACGUUCACUCCUUACACGGCUUCAAGUGUGAUUAUUGCGGAGAACAUUUCCUUGAGGAUUCGCACCUGCAGGUUCACCUCAGAGAGCAUUCGGAUGCGCGGCCGUUUGUUUGUAACGUGUGCGGCAGGAGUUUUAAGAGGCUGGGGAAUUUGUCGGCGCAUCAGGAAUCUCAUGUUGUGUUGACGCCUUUCGCUGAGGAGCUGAAACUGCGCAAGAGAUUGUAUGUGGAGGAGAAAUGCGGUACAGGUUCGAGUUUGGCUGUGGCGGGAGUGCUGAACACAGAGGAACGAAUGCAGAACAGGACGAAGACAUACGACUGUCCUUCAUGUGGGAUGAGCUUUGGUAGUGGCAUCUUUCAGCUGGCGCAUAUGAAGAAGCACUGUCUAAAGUGGAAACAGGCAGAGGGAUCGUAAAUAGUGCUUAUAUUUCACCAUGUUGACGAUAACAGAGUUGACAGUAACAGAGUUUACUGUAACAGAGGUAUCAGAGUGGACGAUAUCAGAGUCAACAGUGACAGUUGACGUUAAGAGAGUUGAUGAUAACAGAGUUGACAUUAACAGAGUCGACGAUAACAAAGUCGAUGAUGACAGAGUUGACGAUAACAGAGUCGACAUUAAACUGUCGAUGGUGACAGUUUACGUUAAGAGAGUUAAUGUUAAGAGAGUUGAUAAUAAAAGAGUUGACGAUAACAGAGUUAACGGUGACAGAGUUGUCGGUAUCAGAGUCGACAGUAUCAGAGUGGACGGUAUCAAAUUCGUCGGUAACAGAGUUGACACUAACAGAGUCGACUAUGACAGAGUUGACGGUGACAAAGUCGACAGUGACAAAGUCGACAGUGACAGAGUCGACGAUGACCGUUUACAUUAAGAGAGUUGACUUUAAGGGAGUUUAUGAUAACAGAGUUGACAUUACCAGAGUCGAUGGUAACAGUUUACGUUAAGAGAGUUGACAUUAACAGAGUUGACGGUAACAAAGUCGACAGUGACUAAGUUAACAGUGACAGAGUCGGCGAUGACAAAGUUGACAAUAACAGAAUUGACGAUAACAGAGUUGACAUUAACAGAGUUGAUGGUAACAGAGUCGACAGUGACUAAGUCGACAGAGUUUACGUUAAGAGAGUUACUAUAACAGAGUUGACGGUAACAGAGUUGUCAAGUCGAGUCAAGUCAAGUCGAGCUUUAUUGUAAUUUCGCUACAUGUGUAGACACACAGUGGAAUGAAAUGUCAACAUUAACAGAGUCGACGGUGACAGAGCUUACGUUUACAGAGUUGACGAUGACAGUCGACGAUAACAGAGUUGACACUAACAGAGACGACGGUGACAGUGGACGGUAUCCGAGUCGAUACUUUAAGAGUCGACCAUGAAAGAGUUUAUGUUAAGAGAGUUGACGAUAACAGAGUGGACAUUAACAGAGUUAACGGUAACAGAAUUGACAGUGACUGAAUUGUCAAGUCAAGUUCAGCUUAAUUGUCAUUUCGCUACAUUUGUGGACAUACAGAGGAACGAAAUGUCAACAUUAACAGAGUUGAUGGUAACAGAGUUGACAUUUUCCAACAAAUUGUGCUUUGACUCUUACCUCAAAUCAGAUACCACAUGGCAUGUCUGAAACCCAAAUUACACGUAACUACUACUUAUAUUUCAUGAUGGAAAACUGCUGCUGUUAUAUGAAUACAUUAAUCAAGAGUCAUCAGACUUCUUUAAGAAUUGCAGGCACAUUUCAAGAAUGUAUUAUUAUUAUUAAUAUUAUUAUUCAACCAGAGUGAUGUACAAUAAAUGUACAUUUCUGUGAAU